AUGACUCACGUCAAUCAUCUGUCAAUCAGCCCACUAUCACAUUCUCACAGCAUGCCUCUCACCAUCGUAGAAGGAGACGUACUCUCGAACCCUGCUGCUCUGCUGCAGCGGCCAGAGGAGUAUUUGGUAUUUUAUUCCGAUGUGGAAAAUGGUCAAAUGUGGUGUGGAGACUGUCGAAGAGUGCAAGACAUCGUUCGGACCGCAUUUGAGGCUGCCGAUAGCCCAUCGGCGGCAAUUGUCUUCGUCGGAAACAAGCCUACCUGGAAGGCGCCAACCCAUCCGUUUCGCGCCGCGCCACUUGGACUGACGGAUGUGCCCACCAUCAUCAGGCUGCGAGCCCAGGCAGACGGGAUCGCGAAGCUGGUUGAUGCUGAUAUUGACUCCCCCGGGUUGGCCGCGUUUCUGGCGAAAUACCGCGAAGAAGGGGCGGCAUGA